UGACACAGAGAGAGAAAUUGCACAGUAGUAGAUAGCCACCAGCCACGACAGGUGGAGGUGAGAGCUCCUGACUUUACGGUGGGCCACUCCAGAACAAACGAGCAAGAAAAUAGAGGAGAAGAAGCCAGAGUAUUGCGGAAUAUACACAAGUUAUACUGUGGUGGAAAUUCUGUCGUCAUUGGCAUUGGAGUUUGAAGAGCAUUGCAACUGACUACGAGAAGCUGCACGGCAGUAUUUUUUGGGGUGACCACAAGACAGGACUAUAGAGUGAGACUGAGGGUCAGGGAGUUGGAUGAAGAGAAGAAAGGGUGACAGACAGACAGACAGCUUAGAAGAGAGAGAGAAAGACUGUGAGCGAUACACAGUAGGAGAGGGAGACAGAGUGGGAGAGGCCCGUGUGUAAGAAAGGACAUCAAAGAUAGACCCAUAGACGCCUUGAAAGACAGACCCAGUCACCCAGAGACCCUUUGAGAGACAGACAGAAAGGCAGACACCGACCCAGAGACCUUUGUGAAAGAGCCCCACAGUCAGGAUGUGCUGCACGGGGAAGUGUGCGCGCCUCAUCGGCCUGACGCUGCUACCGUCGGCGUUUGUGUGCAUGAUCUGCAACCUGCUGCUGUUCUUCCCCAAUGCACAGAGCAUGGAGAGCAAUGGCCACAUCUCACUACAGGUCUGGCUCAUGGGCGGCCUCAUCGGAGGAGGACUAUUCAUGCUGUGUCCCAGCUGCUCUGCCAUCAGGGCCGGAGGAAAGGGCUGCUGUGGGGCUGGUUGCUGUGGAAACCGUUGCCGGAUGUUGAACUCGGUCUUCUCCUCUUUGUUUGGUCUCCUUGGCGCCGCCUAUUGUACAAGUGUGGCGUCCGCAGGUCUGGCCAUAGGGCCCAAGUGUUUGACUGCCAGCGGUGAAUAUGAGUACCCCUUUGAAGAGCUUGAGCAGAGCUACCUGUCCAACACCACCCUCUGGGACCAGCUGUGUCUGGCACCGGAAAACAUAGUGACGUGGCACGUGUCCCUGUUCGCCAUCCUGCUGUGCAUGGGCAUGCUGCAGACGGUGCUGUGCGGCAUCCAGGCCGUCAACGGCUGCAUCGGCUGCUUCUGCGGAGACUGCCGCAGCAAGGACGACGACUCUGACAGCGGCCUGUAGGAGUCAUCACACACACACACACACACACACACACACACGCACGCACGAACACACACACACACACACAC